AUGAUUCCACUUGCCAAAGUCCCACACCCAUUAUGGUAUCUUCACGCCGGGAGAAAAGACGUCGUCAAUCUUGCCCACAACUACCUACUAACACCCCCUGCCCCAACCCCAGCUGUCGUCAUUGCUUAUUCUGCAUGGCCGACCGAGGUGGUCAGCUUUCGAGACAUGAGCCCUGUUGGGCUGCGUGGGCUGCAGGCUUGCAAAGCCCCGCGGCGAGUGCAUUUCCCAAAUCUCACUCAUCUCUCUUUCUUUGGCCCAGUCCUCACCGACAAGCGAACAAGUAGGGGGGUCUUCCGCUGCGCCCCAAGCACGCAGGUCUCGGAAAAUGCAGAGGAGCGGGCGAUCCCAGAAGGAAUCCCGGUAAUGCGGGCCUCGGCAUUGGAGCCCCGGUUUGGGGGAUGCGGAAGCUUUUGUUUGGUUUACGUGUGCGUGUGUGUGUGUCUAUGGUUCUCUGGGGGCGCCUUUUCGUAUCAUGUACCCAGUCGUUGUAGAAGCUCCUCGAACCGCUGGGCCGCGGGCGGCGCAAAAGAGUUGUGUGCGACACUUGUGUAA